GCUGGCCCGUUUAUGUUGGAUAAGUGAGAAUCUACUGUACAUAUAGAUCUGAAUGCAAUUUGUUGUGCCUCUUCUACUAGGUAUGCCAAGCCCAGAUAUUAAGAGACAAGGGUGCAUUUUUGUUGCCCCAAGCUGCCAUGCCAGGUGUUUGCUCAGUUAUUUUCCAUUUUGAAAUUAUCCAGAAAUGAUGUGAAAUAUGUCAGUGAUGCAGAAAUAAAAUAGAUCCUCCCUCUGAGAAAGGCAAAGAAUCAAAAUUUCAGUGCCUAUUAAGCUCAAAAAAUUAAGCUAUAGGUGCUCCACCCAUUUCAAAUAAAUGCCAGGUGUGCAUCAGGGUGGGACUGUGGCAUGUAUAUAAAAUCUACCCAUGUUUAGGAAGUCUCCAUUGAUUUAUUGGCUUAAGGACUAAAGCUGUUGGAAACAAGCAUGUCUGGCAAAAACAUCCAGGGAUUUGCUCAGCAAACGGAGCGCACAAUGCAUGAUGCCGCAAACAGUCUGGGAAAGGCCACACAAAAAGGCAUGAAUCAAGUUUCGGAGGCAGGUCAGAAAGCUGUGGACCAGACUUGCAAGAUGGUUCAAGAAGGUGUCGACAAAGCAACUGGAGAAGCAGCAAAUGCAAUAUCCGGCCUUGAGAAAAAAAUUGGACUUAAGAAAUGAGGAUGGCGGCUAGCACCAUGUCUAGAGUAGAGAAAGAUAGCUGAGCAACCCUAGACCCGCGUUUUCCUCUUCUGCUUCUAUUAUAAUCAUUAUCUUUGCAUAAAAUGUGGAAUAUAUUAUUAUUUUAUGUUCAUUUUAAUUGGUGUGCCUUUUGAAAAGAAAAGAAAAAGACAGCAAACAACCUCCAGAAGAUGAAAACAUCUUCAUGAUCCACUGACCAACAGUGUGCAGUCCUUCAGCACUUCCAACUGUAGGCGGAUUUGCUGAAUGAUCAUCUCACUGGUGUCAUGUUAAUGGCCAUAAAAUAAUUUCAUCCCCACCCCCAUUAAAGUGUUUUUCUCCCCGUCCCGUCUUCACAACUUCAUUUUUUAUAUACAGAUGAGACCUCAUACUAAAGAAGAGGUGGAAUCAUAUGGCUUUCCCAACAGAAGUUGUUGGACUACAACUCCCAGCAUUCCUCACUAUUGGCUAUUCUGGAUAGGGCUACUGGAACUUGCAGCCCAACAAUAUCUGGAGGACAAUAUGAUGAAACUAAGAGGGUCACUCAAUGGAGAAAGUGCAGACAUUUCCAAAAUGUGCCUGUUUUUGAGAUCUGAGCAAGUAUGUUGAUAUAACCAGCCUGCCUACCCUAAAGACAGCAAAUUCCCAUUUGAUCUUAUAUACUGAGCAGUAUCAGCCCUAGUUAGUACUUGGAUGGGAGACCAACAACAAAUCCUAUAUUUCAGAUGAAACAAUUGGCAAACCACCUCUGAGUAUUCCUUGACUAAGAAAAAACCCUACAAAAUUCAUGGAUUGCUAGAAAUCGACAGGUGACUUGAAGGCACACACAUACACUUAUUUGCAUGCAAUUUGUGCAUAUUGUUAAACCAUGAUGGCUUUGGAAGUUUGUGUUAGUCUUUGUACAGAUGGUUCUGUUGCUGACUGUCUGAAAGUGGAUGUUAAAUCUGCAGAGACGUAAUGCUGCUGCAGUUGGUAUGAUUUUCCAACCGUGUCCAUUACAAAACUGCAGACGUUGAAAAUGUACAGAAUGCCAAAGCCACUCUUCAUAGCUAUCUGUCAACCAACAAAGAAACCACUGCAAUAGUUCAGCUAUGUAAUUAUUAAUGCAGAAAUACGAUGAUAGCUUGCAUGUCUUUCCAUUAUGUGUUUAUUUGAAUAUAAUGAAAUAAAAGGUGCAUAAAGAUCUGAA